GCGUGCGGGGCCCUCUUAAGAUGGCUGUCGGGCCACCUCCUUGUGUCCGCGCCGCCACUCUCAGUAUGGUAGCUGUUUACCCCGUAUUUCUCCUCCCCUCUCCGCUUCAACUUCCUCGUUGUUUUGAAUAAACUUUAUUGACUCCGAAUUGCCUCCCACCGCCACCGGGCUUCUCCCGGCGGCUUUUCGGGCCAUCUUCCUCGCAAUUCGGCCGCCGGGUCCUCCCCUUCCUCGUCGCUUUGCUCGCAGCGAGCUCCGGCCGGGCCAGCGACGACGCGAGUGGCGGCCCCCGGACUAGGCCCGAGCCGCGGUCUCCAGUAGGCCCUGGCGGCCGCCCCCGGGGCCGAGCCGUGGAGAGAGCUGCCCGGAAGCCUCGCUGGGCGGCGGGGGCCGAGCGACCAGCGGGUGGUCGCGGGGGCCGACGAGCAAGGUUCGCUGCGCGACAGGGAAAAUCCCAGAAUUCGGCGCGCGCCGCCGGUGGGGCCGGAACUACCGGCCGAGCCUCCGCCGAGCGACGCCAACGGCUCCUGAGCGAGCCCGGCGGCCGGCGCGUCAGGGGAGACGGAGCUUCGCCAGCGGGAGCGAUCCUGGCGGCUCGGCGGAUGCGGAGGUCCCCGUAGAGCUCGGGACCGCAGACAUUGUUGUCAGCUCAGGGGUGUGAGGAGGUUCCUGUCAGGCUGGGAGGUGUGAAGACAUUCUCUCCUGGUCCAGGAAGGACGUGUGCUUCUGCCUCCCACUCCUCGGGACGCUGCGAACCUGGCUUGCCACACACCGCUCCAAGGCCAGCUGAAGAUGGCCACGGUGCCAGUGUACUGCCUUUGCCGGCUGCCUUACGAUGUGACCCGCUUCAUGAUCGAGUGUGACAUGUGCCAGGACUGGUUUCAUGGCAGUUGUGUUGGUGUUGAAGAGGAGAAGGCUGCUGACAUUGACCUCUACCACUGCCCCAACUGUGAGGUCUUACAUGGGCCUUCCAUUAUGAAAAAACGCCGUGUGUCUUCAAAAGGGCAUGAUGCACACAAGGGGAAGCCGGUGAAAACUGGAAGCCCUACAUUCAUUCGAGAGCUCCGCAGUCGGACCUUUGACAGCUCAGAUGAAGUGAUUCUGAAACCCACUGGAAGUCAGCUGACUGUGGAAUUCCUGGAAGAGAAUAGCUUCAGUGUGCCCAUCCUAGUCUUGAAGAAGGAUGGAUUGGGGAUGACCCUACCCUCACCAUCAUUCACUGUGAGGGACGUGGAACACUAUGUUGGCUCUGACAAAGAGAUUGAUGUGAUUGAUGUGGCGCGCCAGGCCGACUGCAAGAUGAAGCUCGGUGAUUUUGUGAAAUAUUACUACAGUGGGAAGAGGGAGAAAGUCCUCAAUGUCAUUAGUUUGGAAUUCUCUGAUACCAGGCUUUCUAACCUCGUGGAGACACCCAAGAUUGUUCGGAAGCUCUCAUGGGUGGAGAACUUGUGGCCCGAGGAGUGUAUCUUUGAGAGGCCCAAUGUGCAGAAGUACUGCCUCAUGAGCGUGCGGGAUAGCUAUACAGACUUCCACAUUGACUUUGGCGGCACCUCGGUCUGGUACCAUGUGCUCAAGGGUGAGAAGAUCUUCUACUUGAUCCGCCCAACAAAUGCCAACCUGACUCUCUUUGAGUGCUGGAGCAGCUCCUCUAACCAGGAUGAGAUGUUCUUUGGGGACCAGGUGGAAAAGUGCUACAAGUGUUCUGUGAAGCAAGGACAGACACUUUUCAUUCCCACAGGAUGGAUCCAUGCUGUGCUGACCCCUGUGGACUGCCUUGCCUUCGGAGGAAACUUCUUACACAGCCUUAACAUCGAAAUGCAGCUCAAAGCCUAUGAAAUUGAAAAGCGGCUGAGCACUGCAGACCUCUUCAAGUUCCCCAACUUUGAAACCAUCUGUUGGUAUGUGGGAAAGCACAUCCUGGACAUCUUUCGAGGUUUGCGAGAGAACAGGAGACAUCCUGCCUCCUACCUGAUCCAUGGCGGCAAAGCUCUGAACUUGGCCUUUAGAGCCUGGACAAGGAAAGAAGCUCUGCCAGAACAUGAGGAGGAGAUCCCAGACACAGUACGGACUGUACAGCUCAUUAAAGAUCUGGCUAGGGAGAUCCGCCUGGUGGAAGAUAUCUUCCAACAGAAGGUUGGGAAUACGAGCAAUAUCUUUGGGAUGCAGAGGAUCUUCCCAGGCGGCUCCACUCCCUUAACCAGGCCAGCCCAUCCCACUUCAAUAGCCAUAUCCAGGCUGUCAAUGCCCUCCAAAACUGAUUCAAAGAAGAAAGGCCUGAAGCCCAAGGAACUCUUCAAGAAGGCUGAGCGAAAGGGCAAGGAGAGCUCAGCCUUGGGGCCUGCUGGCCAAUUGAGCUAUAAUCUCAUGGACAUAUACACUCAUCAGGCACUGAAGACAGGCUCUUCCCAGAAAGAAAAGUUCAACAUCACCGGUACCUGCUUGAAUGACUCAGAUGAUGACUCGCCAGACUUGGACGUUGAUGGGAAUGAGGGCCCGCUGGCCUUAUUGAUGUCUAAUGGCAGUACCAAGAGGGUAAAGAGCUUAUCCAAGUCUCGGCGAGCCAAGAUCGCAAGGAAGGCAGACAAAGCUAGGCUAAUGGCAGAACACAUGAUGGAUGAUGAAUUUGACUUGGAUUCGGAUGAUGAACUGCAGAUUGAUGAGAGAUUGGGAAAGGAUAAGACGACUCUGAUAAUAAGACCAAAAUUUCCCCGAAAGCUGCCCCGUGCAAAGCCUUGCUCUGACCCCAACCGAGUUCGAGAACCAGGAGAAGUUGAGUUUGAUAUUGAGGAGGACUAUACAACAGAUGAGGACAUGGUAGAAGGGGUUGAAGGCAAGCUUGGGAAUGGGAGUGGAGCUGGUGGAAUUCUUGAUCUGCUCAAGGCCAGCCGGCAGGUGGGGGGACCUGACUAUGCUGCCCUCACCGAGGCCCCUGCCUCUCCCAGCACUCAGGAGGCCAUCCAGGGCAUGCUGUGCAUGGCCAACCUGCAGUCCUCAUCGUCCUCCCCAGCUACCUCCAGCCUGCAGGCCUGGUGGACCGGGGGGCAGGACCGAAGCAGUACGAGCUCCAGCAGUGGUUUGGGUACAGUGUCGAGCAGUCCUGCUUCCCAGCGCACCCCAGGAAAGCGGCCCAUCAAGCGGCCAGCAUACUGGAGAACCGAGAGCGAAGAGGAGGAGGAGAACGCCAGUCUGGAUGAACAGGACAGCUUGGGAGCAUGCUUCAAGGAUGCAGAGUAUAUUUACCCUUCCCUGGAAUCUGAUGAUGACGACCCUGCAUUGAAAUCUCGACCCAAGAAAAAGAAGAAUUCAGAUGAUGCUCCAUGGAGUCCUAAAGCCCGUGUGACCCCAACUCUGCCAAAGCAGGAUCGUCCUGUGCGGGAGGGGACCCGGGUAGCUUCCAUUGAGACAGGUUUGGCUGCAGCAGCUGCAAAGCUGGCCCAGCAGGAGCUGCAGAAGGCCCAAAAGAAGAAAUGUAUCAAGAAGAAGCCUUUGUUGAAGGAGGUAGAACAACCUCGCCCUCAAGAGUCCAAUGUCAGCGUGGCAGCACCAGCCCCAGCUUUGCCUACUGCACCCCAGCUUCUCACCUCCUCCUCACCUGUACCUCCUCCUGAGCCUAAACAAGAGGCCCUCUCAGGAAGCCUUGCUGACCACGAGUAUACUGCUCGUCCCAAUGCCUUUGGCAUGGCCCAGGCGAACCGCAGCACCACACCCAUGGCCCCUGGCGUCUUCUUGACCCAGCGGCGCCCUUCAGUUGGCUCUCAGAGCAAUCAAGCAGGACAAGGAAAGCGUCCCAAAAAGGGCCUGGCCACAGCAAAGCAGAGACUCGGCCGUAUCCUGAAAAUCCACAGAAAUGGCAAACUACUUCUGUGAGCUCCCUGGCAUCCUGCCCCUCCCCCUUUCACCCCCAUUGCCUUCUCCAUGGUCAACUCUCGGGGCACUCCUGGAUCCUGUCUGCCCCCGACAAGGUGCUGAGGCACAUCGUCCUGCUUUCUUGGAACUGACCAAAGGCAGGGACUCCCCACAGGCCUCUUCACUGACCCCCCCAACUCCCUCCCCCAUUUCCUCUAGAGCACCCUGCCUUCCUCCUCCAUACCUCUGAGUAGCAGGUAAAUGGCAGAGGUUUCCAGCUGACUAGAACUCUCCUUUCUGCUGCUCUAACCCAUUUCCCUCUCACCAGCCUUGUCAACCCUUGACUCUUGUCCCCACCUAGAGCCAGAAGGCAGGGUGAGGAGAGGCAUGAGGAGAGCCUGGGCCCUCAGUAUUGCCAUGGUCCUGAAGGGGGAGGCCCAGCGCUUAUUACUUCCCACAACUCCAGCCUGUCUCCAGAAGCCUGGCCCCUCUGCCCUUCCUUCCUUCCCCUUCCUCCCCCCAGCCCAGGGGACAUUUCCCACUCGAGACUUGUUCCUGGGAGAAGGGGCUGGCCUCUGCUCUUCCUUGCCCAAUUGUUCAUGGAAAUAAAGAGAGGGGAUUGGAGCCUCUUCACUGCCCCACCAUGGGCCAUUUCCAGAGGGAGCCUAGAAAGGUCAUGGGCUGACUUCUUGCGUCCUUGGGAAGAGGAGAGAUUCCUGUCACUUCUCAAGGUGGGGAGAGCCUUUGACCAUGAUGUUGACCACGACUUUAUAGCCCAUUGGAGGAAACUACUUUGGAGUGGCUACAGAUGAAGUCCCCAGGCUGGGCUCCAGGGAUUUGCCUGGAUUUUGAUCCCAUGCGGCUGUGGCUGAGUCCCAGCAGGUGAAAAACCAUCUCCUAAAGCCUCAAAGCACCUGCCGCCGAAGCAGAUGACCCGGGGCUCUAGGGCCCGCUUUCUUCACCUGCAUCCCAGCACGCAGCGUGGACCUUCCAGGGAGGAUGUGGCAGGACAGCUCAGCCCUGCUUCUCCAUCGGGAACCUCCCUGCUUCUUUCCUCACCUGACAUCUGGAUCAGAAGACCAUGGAACUCACACCUUCACUCCUGGGCCGCCGCACUCCCAGGUGCCAGAUGGACGCUUGAGCUGAGUGCAGAGGCCACAGGGCCGGAGCCUGGGAGAGGAGGCACUCAUGUAUACAGGAGCUGGUUGUCUGAUCCCCCUCCCCUUCUUUUCUUUGUGGAUGUCUAUUGUCCAGACAGUGCCCACCAUCUCCCUCCCUGUCCCCCAACUCCCUCCACCUCCACCUGUCCUGCCUUCUUUGGCAACCUGGACUGGAUGGAGAAUGCCCCCCCUCCCUCCAUGUUGGCACUGCCCAAGUGGAGUGCAUCUGUACCCUCCACCCCUCUCCAACCUCACCCCAGUUGGCCCAGUGCUUCUGGGGAACUUAACAGCUUAUCAUGCAGGCCACAGGGAAUAUGUGAGACCUCCUUGUCAUCUUGGUGUCUCCAGUUCAUUCUUUCUCCACAGCCCACAUCGACUCCCCUUCCUUGGAAUCAGGGGUCCCUUAGCCCAAUUUGCUUUUUCUACCUUGGGGACCCCAGGGGGCCAAGCAGUCCUCCAUCUAGUCACACCAAAGGCAAAAAGCCUGGCUACCUCCCCCUUUGCACGUGAGGUCCCCACUCCCCUCCUCUCUGUUUCUGCCCAGCUUUGCUUUUCUUGGGGAUUUCAAGGCAGCAGAGGGUGGUGAGGGGAGGGAAGGGGGGCAGCCUGUGUCCCUGCGUAGGCAACUGCCUGACUAGGCCCUGACUGCUAUAACCAAGACCAGGACCCCAGCCCUUCUGCUCAUUAACAACCCCCCUUGAUCUUUCAAAGGCAGCUAAUUGCUAGCAAAUCCCCCUAGUUCCAGGCCUCUUUCCCCUCUGUUUCUUUGUUAGAAGUUUCUGUGGAGCUGAAACCCAACCUCCACAUGACGGUUUCCAUUUAGUUUAGUUGGACUGUCAGAGCUUCCUGUUUGUUGUUUUGUGUUUCCAAUGAAAAGCAAGUUUACCCUCAGAGUUAUGCUUUUCCAAAGAGGCUAGUGUGCUUUUUUUUUUUUUUUAAUGUUUCAGGUUCUAAGUGAAGUGAGUUGGGGAGGGGUUAGGAGUGGUAGGAACCAAGGGUUAGAACAUGGUGAGAGUUACCUCUGGUCUCCUACCCCCAGUACAGAGCUGGGGGUCAGAUAGGGGGCAGGGAGAGAGGAUUUCUAUUCACCUUUAAUAUAUUUUUACAAAAAAGCAAACAAUUUAAAAACAAGCCCACCGCUUCUGUACAUGUUUAAAUAUAUUUUUAGAAGUGGGUAGGAUUGUGAAUUUCUGAUGCAGGGCCUUUUUAUAAACAGGUUAGAAUAGCAUCAUACAGACUUCUCUUGUUUUUUUCCCCUCCCCCCUGUUUUUUUCUUAUGUUGUGUUACUAAUGUAAUUUAUAUUUUUUUUAGGUCCUCCCUUUCCUAUAGAGAUAAAAGUGAUUUAUCUUGGCAA